UCUGAAAAAAGGGAGGGGGGCCAGCCUCUGAUAGGAUUACUGCUCAACCGGGUUACCGAGUAGGGUGCUUUUUCUCACAAACAAGUAACGCCCACCACCUGAACCGGGAAAGUCACUUCAAACCCAAAGGCAUGCUUCACAUUCAACAGUAUCUAAUAACCGCUCAAUGGAAAGGAGCGUUCAGGAUACAGGACAGCUUGAGAGUGACAGAAAGAAGUCGCACGAGCAAGAUUUUCGUUUUUUCACAAAGGAUUUAAGGAGAUUUAACAUCGCAUUUUGUUUUAUUCCGAACAACGUUAGACAACUUCAGCAAUAAUAACACUCGUCCACCAAGAAGCCCGUUUUCUUUAUGAGACCGUUACAUGAAGUAAAUUAAAAAAAGUUAGGACAAGUCAAGCUGAGAGGAAACUGCUGAAUCCACACACCGCCUGCUGACGCUUUAGGUUGAACAGGUGUCGCGAGCUCGGGUUUCCGAUAAGUAUUUACGAUCGUUGGGGACAAUCGAGGGACCCAACAGACGAAAAGGACUUUGCCGGACGUCACUUCAGAUGCACGUAACACGUAGGCCUGUCGAACUGUCUACGUUUAGAGCACAGACGCCAGCGAGGACGGACACUGGAACGAAACUUCCUACCUCGUUUGAGAAACUGAGUAUUCGUUUGUAGUUUGAUAGGAGCGGUUAUGCCAGCCGCUGACUUCGACAUGGUGGUGGAUAGUCCCCGGUUUCACGGGGGUAAAGCCCCUGCAUCUACCCCCAACAACGAGAACGUUGUCCCGGCAUCUCUAGGCAGUCCCGCCGCGGAUAUCCUUCGGAACUUCUACCACACCAAACGAGUGGGAAACUACUUGAUCGGGAGGAAACUUGGAGAGGGCUCGUUCGCCAAAGUCCGAGAGGGGCUUCAUGCCAUGACCGGAGAAAAGGUUGCGGUGAAGGUGAUUGAUAAGAGGAAGGCAAAGAAGGACUCGUAUGUGACCAAAAACCUCAGAAGGGAAGGGCACAUUCAACAGAUGAUCAGACAUCCAAACAUCACCCAGCUCUUGGACAUACUGGAGACCGACAACAGCUAUUACCUGGUGAUGGAGCUGUGUCCUGGUGGAAACCUCAUGAACCGAAUAUACGAUAAGAAGAAGCUGGACGAGAGAGAGACCCAAAAGUAUGUCCGGCAGCUUGUGAUGGCUGUGGAACAUCUACACAGAGCAGGAGUGGUGCACAGGGAUCUAAAGAUUGAGAACCUGCUGUUGGAUGAACAGGACAACAUCAAGCUGAUAGAUUUUGGUCUCAGUAACUGUGCCGGUAUCCUGGGCUAUUCGGAUCCGUUCAGUACCCAGUGUGGAAGCCCGGCCUACGCUGCUCCAGAACUGCUGUCUCGCAAGAAGUACGGGCCCAAAGUUGACGUCUGGUCCAUAGGAGUGAACAUGUAUGCCAUGUUGACAGGGACGCUUCCGUUCACCGUAGAACCCUUCAGUCUGAGGGCUUUACACCAGAAGAUGGUGGACAAGGAUAUGAACCCUCUGCCGCCUUCACUCUCUACAGCGGCCAUCUGCCUGCUGAAGAAGCUGUUGGAACCAGACCCGGCCAAGAGACCCAACAUCCAUCAGGUGAUGGCUGACUCCUGGCUACAACUGGCCAACGCUAACACUGGAGCACCCUACCUGAACAGGAUCCACAUUGAGGAGAUCAACCACAUGGUUCUCCUCCACAUGACGGAGCGGAUGGCGUACAAACACAGUGAGGUGCUGAGCGCCGUGCUCACCAACCGGGCGUGCCACACCCUGGCCGUCUACUUCCUGCUGAACAACAAGAUGAAGAGGCUGUCCAAGGAAUACAGAGAAAAGGUGUACCAGGAGAAAGAGAAGAAGACGGAGAAGAAUGAGUACUUCCAGACCCAGUGGAGGAAGCACAUCGAGAAAGUCACAAUUCCUCCCAAACAGACGCCUGUCUACCUGGCUGUCAGCAAGGGGCCAAGCAAAGAGAAGAAACAUCGCAAUGGUCUUCUGCGAGCGGUGACUGGUAACUUCCACCGGGCUUCCCCUCUCGCUCCGUCUGGUACAGUUGCCUCGUCCUCCAUGGAGUACCUGGAGAUCCACCCCCUCUUCACCCGCACGCCACAGCAAAUCAGGCGCCUUGAAACCCUCCAGGCAGCCAAUACCAGCCCAGACCACAUCCCCGCCCCCCCGGCCCCCUCUCCAAUCGGCAUGCACUCCUACGACUCGUUGUCUAAAGCCGAGCCAAUCGACGAUGUUGUUGUUCCCGCCUCCGCCACGCCCUGGUAUAAACUGACCAAUGGGACCUUCUCUCCACCGCGACACGUCUCCGCCUUCCACCCAGACUCCUCCUACUUAAAGAAGGCGACCAUCCCGAGCCCCCCCGUACUCAUCGUCAACCCCCAGCCGAAAAAAACAACCUCUACCUCGGGGGACUGGUGCGGCUCUGACACCAGCGGCAGCCCCCCCAGCACAUUCGGCAGCCCCCCAGGAGGCUCGGCCUUCUCCCCCCCGAAAUCGGCCUUCUCCCCCCUCAACCCGUCUUCAGCGUUCAGUCCUCCGUCCUCCGGGGGCAGCGCUGAGCCAGACAGCCCCCUGCACCGUGGCAGUAAGUUCCCCUCGAUGGGCAUCGGCCAGAUCCUGAAGAAGAAGGUCCCCUUCCAGCCAUUCAGUUUCAGGGCGGAGCAGGCGGUGGAGGAGGAUUUGGUGUCCCCGCCCCCAUACCCCAUGCAGACGCUGCUGUGUGCCUCCGGGGCUCUCAAGACCCUUUGCUGAAGGCCCGUGGGUAACCCGGCGAGAGGUGAACACGGUGUGGUCCAACUACAAGUACUAUGAUUGGAAGGGGUGGGGGGGGGGGGGAUUUCUGAGUGGCCUUUGGACUUUUUGCGAACUUUGACCUCUGCUGAGGCAGUCACGAUGAUACAGGGAUGUGCUCCUGUUGUUGACACUCUAAAGGCCGUUUACUGAGCUGAAACGUAACAUUGCUGUCCAGGGUUGGUUGUGCUGAGGAGAGGCCUUUGUGAAGACGCUGGAUGUGUGGUGAGCAGAAGGUGUGUGUGUCAUCGUUCCAUAUCAGAUCUGGAAGAGAGGCGAUGGUGGACACAGAUCACAGGGGAGCUAUUAUCCCUGGCCUGACACACACAAACAAACAGGAAAUAAAGUAAGAGGAGCUCAGAAGACAAACACACAGGAGAGAGAAUGUCUGGGAAAUUCCAUACUGUGUCUGUCUAAUUACUGUAAACCAAACUAGUGUAAACCAAGCCUCUAGCGACAACAAGCUGCUUUUCCUGGAAGAGUGUUAUAUCAUUGCAUUAUAACCAGUAAUCCUGGGUACUUGUUUACUAGGCAGACAAUGGGCUUCAAAUUUACAAUGAAAGAGAUUGGUCCAAUAAGUCUGACGGGUUUGAGCAUGCUAGCAAGGCUGCGGUGGACAAUUGUUCAAAUGACGUUUAUAACCCUCACUGAUCUGUCUAACCUUUUGGGCAACCUGUAUUUUGGUAGAUCGUAAACACACACGCGCGUGUGUGUUUGGCCACAUAGCUGCAGUCAUGUGAAACGCACACCUGUCUGUCGUUGUCACAAACACUCAAACAAAUGCAAUCUGUGGUUUCAGGUUUCAUUGCUGUAGAUUGGUUCUGUGGAAUGUCUGCCUUUUCAGCAGAACAUGACCUGAUUGUCCCACAGAAUCAGUAGUUACUUGGAAAGGGAAUCCUUCUCCACCUUACCCCGCAGAACUCUAGCCAUAGCCUGGUUCCUAGCCAGACGUAUCCAUUCAUGCACACCAUAUUAAAAACAUAUCGGCCUACUGCAUACACGAACAUCUAAAAUACUUGUGAAAUAUAAAACGUUGGCCGAAUAAUAUUCUUUUUAACACGUGUUCCAAAUACAUUUACAAAUGUGUGUAAAGUAUCAGAUAAAAAUGCCUUGAAAAUGCAUUAUUUGGCGAAUAGUUUGUUUCACAUUUUAUUUUAAAUCUCUUUUAUUUUUUUGUACGGGCUCUCAGACAUAAUAUCCCAGUUGACUGCUCCAGUACUGCACUGGGCACAACUCUCAACCUGUCAUAGAACACACA